UGCCAUAAACUUGCAAAUAAAAAGUUCAGCCCAAUGAACGCUUGGGAGAAAGGACGGUUAGCACCGCGCAGCCACUUUCAUCGUUUCCGACCAAUACGACCAUUGGGCGGGGCUCCGCUCCUCCGUUAUCCAGACUAUCCUAGAAAUACACCUAUCAGCCGGCUUGCUUCUUCACCACCUGGCUGGUACCACCUUAAAGUAGAUAACACAGCACCGGCGGUCAGUGUUCUCUAUGCGGCUGGACUCCGUCAUCUUGAGCGCUACAGUAUCAUAGAAGAGAGCCCAACUGCCGAAGUUGUCAGAGAAAAAGCAAGUCAGAAGACAAUGAAGGGGAGCCCUUAUCGGGGCACUGAAGACGAUGCUGUUAAAGAUGGUGAUGAUGAAGAAGAUGAGGUUGAAGAUACUGGAUUGGAAGUGCGUCUACUGACGCCGUGUCUCAUCGAUCGUAUUCAAGUGGAUGGAGCAGGCCUUGAGGACGAAAUGAUCACAGGGUUGGAAUUGGAGUCAAGAACCCCAAGUAUACCUCUUAUGUUCUCUUGCACUUAUCCGAAAGGAUGUGUUGCUUAA